UUUCGCCUUCAUACUCACACCAAACUAUCAUUCGAUAUUGGGAAUUCAUAGCUUUACAGCAUAGAUCUUCAGCUCAAUCCCCUCAAACCCUACCUCUAAUACCUAGCUUUCCGAAGAGAAUUUCCCAUGGCAGCCACCGAAGAGCCAGUUAUCCCCAUCGAGACUGAGGCGGAGCAGGAGCAGCCCACCGUCGAAGAGGCUGUCAAGGAGGACAAUCCGCCGCCGAAAGCCACCAAGGCUAGGAAGGCCGCCGCCCCCAAGGAGAAGAAGGUGCCGGCGCCGAGGAAGCGCAGCGCGCCCACUCACCCUCCUUACUUUGAGAUGGUUCAGGAUGCGAUCGUGACGUUGAAGGAGAAGACUGGAUCGAGCCAGUACGCGAUUCAGAAGUUCAUCGAAGAGAAGCAGAAGACGCUGCCGUCGAAUUUCAGGAAAAUCUUGCUGGUUCAGUUGAGGAAAUUUGUCGCAAAUGAUAAGCUCGUGAAAGUGAAGAGCUCGUACAAGCUGCCGUCGGCUCGUUCUUCCAAACCCGCCCCCGCUGCCCCGCCUGCUAAGAAGAAGGCUGCUGCUCCUGCGAAGCCUAAGGCCGCGCCGAAGGCUGCCGCUUCGAAGGGGAAGAAGACUGUUACGGCGAAAGCCAAGCCAAAGGCCAAAGCUGCUCCUGGGAAAACGAGGGCGGCAUCUGCGACGAAGGCGAAGCCAGCGGCUAAGGCCAAGCCGGCUGCCAAAGCCAAGCCUGCUGCGAAGCCAAAGGCUGUAGCUCCUGCCAAGGCGAAGGCGGCGCCGAAGAGGAAGGCGCCGGAGAAACCUAAGGCUGAGAAAAAACCGCCGGCUAAAGCGGCGAGGACGUCUACCAGAUCAACCCCGAGGAAGGCGGCAGCGGCGCCUGCUAAGAAAGCUCCGGCGGCGAAGAAGGCAGCCCCAGUGAAGAAGGCCCCAGCAAAGAGCGUCAAGCCUAAGACGGUGAAAUCUCCGGCGAAGAAGACGGCAGCGGCGAAGAAGGGGAAGAAAUAGAGAUCGCGGAGAGGGGUAGUUUUGGGAUUAAGAUGUUUGUUUGUAGGGAUAGUAUUGUAAAUUUACCUUGGUCUCUUUCUAAUGGUUAUAGAGUGUAGUUGCUUUUUAUGAUGCCUUCAGAGUAUGAUAGAAUGGAUUCUUUCUUUACCCCUAA